ACGCAUGGUUUCGCGAACCAUUGCAGCCACUCGCCGUGCUCUUUCCUUCUGCCGGCAGGUCGGUCCAUGGAGGACUGCCAGCAUCUCGCUGGCUUAGCUGUACCGCCCUCUCCCCCCUCGGCCAUUAACCUCCCCCUUGCGCGUGCGUUUCGCGCGAAGUUCGCAUCCCGGCAUCGCGGCGUCGUUGUUUGACGUCAGCAGCUCCAUACGCGAUCCAGUGAGCCUCGUCGGCCCAGGGAUGCUGCUCAGUAGCAGGCUCGGGAAGCAGGUAGUGGAUAGGCUUGGCAAUAGGCUUGGAGUUAGGUUCGGAGAUAAGCUUGGUCGCGAUUCCGCGUGCUGUUCGGUUAGCCGCGACUGCCAGCUAGGAUUGGCGGCAGAACGCCUCUUUGGCCCUGUUGUCAGACGACACCGUGUCGUGUCGGAUAGGGGUUUCAGAAGGGCCAAGGGGACGCGGGGACUAGGCGCAGAGCGGGGCCGAGGGGGCGUGGAGGGGCCAGCGGGUGGAGGGGCGCAGCAAGGGCGCGCGGAGGGGGGAGAGAGGCGGGGAGGAGGGGGGGGAGGGGUGACGGCGACGUGCGGCGGUGCGGCUGGUGCGAGCAUGGAUGGGAGUGGAGGGCGGGCCGGGGAGCAGCAGCGAGCGGCGCAGCGGAAGGAGCAGGCAGGGCGGGCGGGGUCGGAACGGCGCGUGAUAGUGAUCUCGGGCCCCACGGCGUCGGGCAAGACGCGCCUGGCGCUGCGCGUGGCGCGCAUGGUGGGCGGCGAGGUGGUGAGCGCGGACUCGGUGCAGGUGUACCGCGGGCUGGACGUGGGCAGCGCCAAGGCCACCCGGGACGAGAGGCAGGCCGUGCCGCACCACCUGCUCGACAUCCGAGAGCCGUCGCAAGAGUACACGGCGGGCGACUUCUUCACGGACGCCCGCGCCGCCACGGAGGACGUGCUGCGGCGGGGCGGCGUGCCGGUGGUGGUGGGCGGCACGGGGCUGUACCUCGCGUGGUUUCUGCACGGCAAGCCCAACACGCCCGUGGCCUCGCCUGAGGUGGAGUGUGCCGUGCAGCGCGAGAUAGAGGCGGCCGUCAUGGCGGGCAGGCGGGCCAGGCGGGCCAGGGCGCACGGGAUGGGGUGGGGCAGGGAGGAAGGAGGUGGCGCGGUGGACGGAGGAGGGAGGCAGGCAACAGGCGGAGAAGGCGGAGAAGGCGGAGGGGCAGCAGAAGUAGCGAUGGAGGGAAGGGCAACGUUGGAUGCAUCAGCGGCCGCAGCAACUGCAGCAGUGGAGGCAGGAGAGGGAGGCGAGGGAGCGAGGGGCAGAGGAGAGGGAAUGGCGUGGAGUGCAGAGGCGUGGAGGGAGGAGGGCAGCCAUGGUGCGGAUGUGGAAGGAGAUGGGGCUGACGACAGCAACGACAGCAUGGGACAUACCCAAGGGGGGAUGGGGUACGAGGCGACGGAGCAGGGAGCGGCGAGCCGGCAGGCGAGUGUGAGGUACAGGGAGGAGGGCGACUGGGAGGCGGCAGUGGGUGCUCUCGCUACUGCAGGGGAUCCAAUCACAGCAGGCCAGCUGGCACGAAAUGACUGGUACCGGCUCACAAGGGCUUUUGAAAUCCUCAGGGCCACGGGUCGCCCUCGCUGCGAGAUCGCUGUGCCGUCCCACCAGGCUAAGGAGGCCGCGCCUGCUGCUGCUGCUGCUGCUGUGUGUGCGUCGCCCGCUCCACCGUUCGCCUUCCACUGCUUCUUUCUGGACGCCCCUCGCCUGCCGCUGUACCGCCGGAUUGACAGGCGCUGCGAGGAGAUGGUGCAGGCCGGGCUGCUCGAGGAGAGCCUGGCGCUGCUGGCGGCGGGGUUGCUGCCCAACACGUCCUCGCCCACACGCGCCAUCGGGUACCGCCAGGCCAUGGCCUUCCUGCUGCAAUGCCGCCACGUGAUGGCGCGAGCGCGUAGCAGAGAGGAGGAAGGACAGCACGAGCAGCAGCAGCAGGGGGGGGAGGUGCAGCGGCUGCUGCUGGCGUUCAUAGAGGAGUUCCAGCAGGCGUCGCGGCGCUACGCCAAGCGCCAGACCACGUGGUUCCGCUCCCAGCCGCUCUUCCGAUGGCUGCCCGCUGAUGCCCCGCUGGACGACCUGGUGGCCAUGGUGCUGCAGCAAUACAACGCACCCUCUCCACAACCCACACGCGUAGAGGGGCAGCAGGGUGUGGAGGGGCAGCAGGGUGCGGAGGGGCGGGACGGGGCAGGUUGCAGGGCCGACGUGAAUGGUGUUGGCGGCAGCGGGCAUGCUGGGGGGGUAGGUGAGGGGGAGGCGCGGCGGCAGCAGCGCAAGGAGCGCAAGGAGGAGGAGCGCGAGCUCAAAGGGUACCGCGCGAAGCUCGAGAUAUUUUGUGAGCAGCACGCUAUUGACGCCACCGUGACGUGGAUUCAGGCUAGCGUCAAGCUGCAGCCACACUGCUCAGGAGAUGGGCCAGCACGCAUGGGCGCUAUCAGUGUGCAUUCACAAGCAUAAGUGUAGUUCAGUACUUGUACAACAAAGCCUAGUGGCAUGUUUCAAAGUUGGCUCUUUCUGUCAAACAUUUGUGUAUCUAAUGUUUGUAUAGACUGUAUAGGGUCACCUCUUAGAGAGUACAACCCUUAGACAUAUAUCCUUGUACCCAUGUUCUCUAUUCAUUCAUUAUUCAGUUCUAA